AAAUAGUUUCCUUGCUUGGCUAAUGGCUAGUAGCUCAGCUGUAUCUUUGUCUUCUUUUUGUCUUUGUUCCCGUUUUUUAGUGAAAGAAAGCGAAGAUUUUUGAAUCAUCCUUUCAGCCAGAAGAAAAGAGAGAGGCACUGCUGCUGCAGCUAGUAGUGUUGGACUGAUACUGCUUCUACGACAUUUCCUUUUCAAGUUUCUGACUUUCUUCUCAACUCAAGAGAGGAGGCACAAAAUAGAUACUAGUAAUACAAGCAUUUUCAAGUUUGGCUUCGACUUAAUCUUUUGCUUUUCAAGAAAAGAAAAUGGGGUCUUUCAGUGCCUCUUAAUCAUCAUCAUCAUCAUCAUCAUCAUUCUCAAUGUUCCUUCCUUCAAGAAGCCAAGAUGCUUGGGGGAUUUUAGAACGUGCCAAGCCCUGUGAUCGCAGGAUGUGUGACUCUCCAGUUAUGCUCAGCCAAAGUGAUUCUACCUCUAAAAUUCUGUAUUCUGAGGUGACCUAUGACAAUUCAAAAACUCAGGAAGAUCUUGCAGAUGAAGUCUGGAGCACCAGCUCUUCAUUGGAGGCAAACAAUGUGAAUGAAGAGGCUGGAAGUUUUGCAUCGUGCAUUAGAAGCAGCAAUCCUUAUCCUUAUAGAAUCCAACUUGAACGGGAUGUACGGAGAUUACAACAGCAGUUGCAAGAUGAGAUGGAAAUGCAUGCUAUUCUGGAAAGUGCUAUUGAGAAAAAUACAGUAAAAUUAUUUAGUCCAUCAUGCCUCCCACACCAUUUUGAACAGGCUCAGGAGCUUCUGUCCACUAUUGCAGUACUGGAGGUCACAGUUACAAAGCUUGAACAAGAGAUUGUUUCUUUGCAUUUCCAACUAAGUCAAGAGAGAAAUGAGCGAAGGCUUGCUGAAUAUCGUUUGAGGCAGUCAGCUUCUCAAUCAUUAUCUGCUUACUCCUUUGAUAGCAUGAAAGAAGAGAUUUCUUCUUCUUCGAGGAGUCUGAAGCAUUCAGAUUAUGAACUGCACCAAUCAGAGAAGAAUAACUCAUGCAAACACCAAGCAUCUGAAUCUACUGGUGAAACAUCUAGUGCUCAGUCUUUGACGGAGGAUUCAAUGAAGGCACCAGAGCUUUUCCAUGAGAAGAAAGUAUCCGUGCAGACAGAUGCCAAACCCACUCAACCCGCAGAGCUCAUGAGGCUUCCAAAAGGAAUGCCGCCUAAGGGCCUUUGGGACUACCCUAAUCAACUUUCAGAGGAGAUGGUAAGAUGUAUGAAAAAUAUUUUCCUGUCUCUGGCAGAUUCUGCUGUGCCAUCCAUGUCCUCUGCUUUAGAGAGCCAAUCCUCACCUGUGUCACCGAGAGGACAUCUGUCCAGUUCAUCAUGGUGGUCUUCAUCUGAGCGCUCAAUGAUUUCAUCAUGGGUGCAGAGCCCCCAGAUUGACAUACAAAGUAACUCUGAAGUGUUGGCAUUGGGCAGUGUCUUUGAUCCCUACAAAGUGCAUGGCAAGUUGAGUUGGGCAGACAUUGGAAACUAUGGUUUAGCAACUGAAGUUUCUUGGAUGUCAGUUGGAAAGAAGCAACUAGAAUAUGCAUCGGGGGCAUUAAGGAAAUUCAGAACACUUGUUGAGCAACUCGCCAAGGUGAACCCUAUCCAUUUGAGCUCCAAUGAGAAGCUUGCUUUCUGGAUCAAUCUGUACAAUGCUUUGAUUAUGCAUGCGUACUUGGCAUAUGGAGUCCCAAGGAGUGACUUGAAGCUCUUCUCGUUGAUGCAAAAGGCCGCAUACACUAUUGGAGGACAUUAUUUUAGUGCAGCUGCCAUUGAGUAUGUGAUUUUGAAGAUGAAACCACCUCUCCACAGGCCACAAAUUGCUUUACUUCUUGCACUUCACAAGUUGAGGCUAUCAGAGGAACAGCAGAAGUCUGUGAUUGAUGCACAUGAACCUCUUGUAGCAUUUGCCCUAAGCUGUGGAAUGUACUCGUCACCAGCAGUAAGGGUGUUCACUGCUAAGAAUGUGAGAGAAGAACUUCAAGAAGCUCAACAUGAUUUCAUUCGAGCUUCAGCUGGAGUUAGCAACAAAGGGAAGCUGUUGGUGCCGAAAAUGCUCCAUUGUUUUGCUAAAGGCUUUGUGGACGAUACGAAUUUGGCAGUAUGGAUAUCACAUUACCUUCCACCCAAUCAGGCUGCCUUUGUAGAGCAAUGCAUUUCACAAAGGCGACAAAGCCUUCUUGGCUCACGUAAUUGUGGCAUUCUUCCCUUCGAUUCUCGUUUCCGUUACCUUUUCCUGCCCGACAAAACUUCACGUUGAUGAUGAUGUUAAUACUAACCGCACCUAAAAUCUGCCUGUAUCUGGGAAAUUCAAUACAGGAUUAAUGUUAGGUUCCAAAUGUUGCUAACAUAAUUAGGUUGCACCCCCUUGUUAAUGACGCGACCUUUCUUGAUAACAGUGAGGAUGGAAGCAGUUUUUCUGAA